CACGUGGGCUGUGACCGGAUCCUGGGCUCGGAUGUGCGGGAGGACCGCUGCCGGAUCUGCGGGGGUGACGGGAGCAGCUGUGAGGCCAUCGAGGGCCUCUUCAAUGACUCCCUGCCUGAAGGAGGUACGGUGUGGAAUACAGAGCAGGAGUCCCUUCACCACAAUACUGCUAGGAAGAAAGCUUACUGCACUAUGGUGGUCUCAACAGUUAGAGUUACACUAUAAACCCCAGCAAACAGUACAGUAUGUGGGUACAGUUACAGUAGUGGUAGUGCAGCGGUAGGAGAUAUCAAUAACUCUCUGAGUAGGGGGGUUGUGGGCUGAGGAGUGGGGGGUUCAGAGAGCCCAGGGCUGGGGGGUGGUGGUGGGCCCCUCUCUCAGGCAGGGCAGGACAGAAAUACACUGGGGGGACUGUUCUGUUCCAAGCCUUGGUAGCAGGACACGUCUCUCUUUUUAAAUCAAAUCAAAUCAACUUUUAUUUGUCACGUGCCGAAUACAACAUGUGUAGACCUUACCGUGAAAUGCUUACUUACAAGCCCUUAACCAACAAUGCAGUUUUAAGACCCUGAUUGCUGCGUUUCUCUGUCCUCGCACUCUCCGCUCCCUCCAACACCACUUCUAGAACAGGCAAAUAGCACAUACUGUACCUCUCAAUUAGACUGGGGAAUUGAAAUGAACAACACAAAUAAAACGUCAAAGAAGAAAGGAACUGUGUUUUGGACCAGGGAGCUCCAGCGACGUUCUGAGAAUGAGAUGUAGUUACGUUUGAGGCAUCCACGAGAGAGAUUAUGCAACCUAAUUGUUUUAUGGAAAUUCUAACAAUGUGUGCAUGCAUUUGGAUUCUGACACAAGCUAAAUAUGUGUUGGACUACUGCCGUGCAAUGUGAGUUAGGAGUCCUCAGACAUUCUGAAAGUAAUGUAUAAUUAUCUGUUCACAUGCGAGCUCUCUAGUUUCAUUAGCUACAUACUGUAGCAGUUAAUCAUUUUGAGUUACUGGUGAAUAUCUACAGUACACGUGCCUUGCCCUGCCAACCCCCCCCCUCCCUCCCUCCUGAAGGUGCAGAAUGACCUUUUAUUCCGGUACCUAUUCCAGUCUAAACACUUUGGCCUUGAUUAAUGGUUCAUGAUGAAUUCUGUGGAAGCAUGUCAGGGGAAAACUGAUACAGCCCAGCCAGGCCCACAGUUGACACAGAAUUAGCCAUCCCCAUCUCCAAGAAAACCAAGCAGUUGUCGAUGGCUUGAGGCAGGCUCAGCCUAUAACUGCUCAGUCCUGAUCAAGAGACACUCCCGAAGUCUCAGUUCCAUCAUUCCAUCAUAGUGACGGUUGGAAGGCUUGUGGUCCUCUGUCCAAUUAUAGAGCCGUGGGUCAUACAUGAUACUGCACUAACCCUAAUGCCUUCUCAAUACGCUCUUAUAAUAAGGAGACCAUGAGCUCUCUUUUCCGCUGGGGGGGAAGGCUGCGGGGAGAGAGGGAGGGGGUGAGUUGGGUUUUUCCUGCUCCCGUUCGGGGGGCAGGCGGGCACGUGGCAGACAGUUUUAGGUGAAGUUCAGCCAGUGUGGGUUGUGGUAGCCCUGCGCCUGCGGAGCCGGACAGGUCUAUUCUAGGCCCUCUCCAUCCACGACAGCAACAGCUCUCCUCCCUCCACCACUCUACCUCCCCCCUCUGGAACCCUCAGAGUGGACACACCCUACUGAGGUGGCUGCGGCUCAGUGGCUGGGACCACAGUGGCCGUCUCAGCCUGGGCCUACAGCCUGCCCGACUGUCUGACGGGUCUAUUCUGGGUCCUGGCUGAUUUAUGAGCCACAGAGCGCUCAGUCAUGUCUACAGGUUUUUUUUAGGUCUCUGAGGCGCAGACCAAUCCUUACUCCCAGGAGGGUUUAAAUAGGGUUUGUUGUCAGGCACUAACCAAGCAGUACAGCAGAUGGUCUGGUGUUCUGGGCAGGUUGUUCUAUCUAGUGAUUUACACCUAAGAGUGAUGAUGGUGCCAUAUUCUCCUGUGCCUCUGCAACCUUACUACUCCCAUCUGGUGUCUGCAUUCUCACCUGAGUUAUCACCUCCUCCAUCUCUCUGUCAGCUGCUCUCUCUCAUCUAUCUUUCUAGGUUUUCUCUUCAUCUGUCUAGUCUACCCUCUCUUCAUCGCUCAAACCCCCCAUAUCUCUCUCUCUCUCUCUCUCUCUCUCUCUCUCUCUCUCUCAUUGCAGUCUGUCCAGUCUGUAACUCUGGCAGUGGUGGAGGGUUACUCAGGGGUUGAGGGCUGGGGGUUUAUUGCUCUUCGGCUCUCUGUUUACCGCACAGGCCCCUGAUUGUUAACAGAAAAACCUCUCCCUCUCCAGCCGCCAGGAACCGCAAGUACAGAGCUGGGUUACUGAAAUUACUCACAGCGCCGACUGCUACUCCAGAGAGAGGUCAAAAGCCACGCCUCUUCUUUCCUCAGCAGUCGCACCAUUGGAAUGGAUUAUUAAAUUAUUUAUUCUGUUUUUUACAGGACUGUGGUGGCUGGCUGGACAGCACAGCCUGGCCUCAAACAUGGUUACUGUACUCUAGCAGCUGAACGUUGCCCAGGAAUUUGGUUGGAAUCCGAAAGGCUCUGCUUAUUCCAUUGAAGUCCCACAGAGUAAAACACUACUUAUACAUCAUUCUCCCUCCAGUAUGUCAGUGAAUAAAACCUCCACCUUGCCUUUCUCUUCUCUUCUUUCUUUGUGUGUGUGUGUGUGUGUGUGUGUGUGUGUGUGUGUGUGUGUGUGUGUGUGUGUGUGUGUGUGUGUGUGUGUGUGUGUGUGUGUGUGUGUGUGUGUGUGUGUGUGUGUGUGUGUGUGUGUGUGUGUGUGUGUGUGUGUGUGUGUGUGUGUGUGUGUGUGUGUGUGUGUGUGGGUGUGUGUGUGGGUGAUCCCAUCCCAGGUUAUGAAGAGGUGGUCAGAAUCCCCAAAGGAUCAGUGUUCAUUCAUAUCCAGGAGCUCAACGUCUCCCUCAAUUUCCUAGGUGAGAGUUCAUGUCUCUUCUGUGUCACGCAAUGUGUUAUACUCUUAUGACUCAUGUUGUAUUCUCUAGUGUGCAUUCAGACUCAAAACUGGAAUUAAAAGGUAAGUGCAUUGUGACAUCAUUAAUGCUGUUAUUAUAACUUACUAAUACCAACCUGCCCAAAUUGUUCAGUCUCUUAGAUUAAAUACCAUGACUGUUUUCUCAGUAGCUGGGAAUGUUGUUUGAAAUGUCUGAUACAACAAACACUAUAUAUACAAAAGUAUAUGGACACCCCUUCAAAUUAGUGGAUUCGGUUAUUUCAGCCACACCCAUUGCUGACAGGUGUAUAAAAUCGAGCACACAGCCAUGUAAUCUCCAUAGAUAAACAUUGGCAGUAGAAUGGCCUUACUGAAGAGCUCAGUGAUUUUCAACGUGGCACCGUCAUAGGAUGCCACCUUUCUUACAAGUAAGUUCAUCAAAUUUCUGCCCUGCUAGAGCUGCCCCGGUCAACUGUAAGUGCUGUUAUUGUGAAGUGGAAAAGUCUAGGAGCAACAACGGCUCAGACACAAAGUGGUAGGCCACACAAGCUCACAGAACGGGACCGCCGAGUACUGAAGCGCAUAGCACGUAAAAAUCGUCUGUCCUCGGUUGCAGCACUCACUGCGGAGCUCCAAACUGCCUCUGGAAGCAACGUCAGCACAAGAACUGUUCGUCGGGAGCUUCAUGAAAUGGGUUUCCAUGGCCGAGCAGCCGCACACAAGCCUAAAUUCACCAUGCGCAAUGCCAAGCGUCAGCUGGAGUGGUGUAAAGCUCGCCGCCAUUGGACUCUGGAGCAGUGGAAACGCGUUCUCUGGAGUGAUGAAUCACGCUUCACCAUCUGGCAGUCCGACGGACGGAUCUGGGUUUGGUCGAUGCCAGGAGAACGCUACCUGCCCGAAUGCAUAGUGCCAACUGUAAAGUUUGGUGGAGGAGGAAUAAUGGUCUGGGGCUGUUUUUCAUGGUUAGGCCCCUUGUACGCUACAGCAUACAAUGACAUUCUAGGCGAUUCUAUGCUUCCAACUUUCUAGCAACGGGGGGGGGGGGGGCAACUCCAUAUUAAAGCCCAUGAUUUUGGAAUGAGAUGUUCGACUAGCAGGUGUCCACAUACUUUUGGUCAUGUAGUGUACUAUGGCGAUAUCGUUAUCAACCUACUGCAUACCCCUUAAAAAUACAAAUUUCUGUGUGCAGGGUGUGCUAUUAGCAUGCUAACACUCAUAAAGACAGACUGGUAGAAUAGCUAUUAUAGCUAGCCAUCGCUAGCAUUCACUGGUUGAAGUUGAAGUAACUUUGAGUGUAAUAGAGUUGACUGGUGGCUAUGACAUGACUAUACAGUGGGGAAAAAAAGUAUUUAGUCAGCCACCAAUUGUGCAAGUUCCCCAUGAGAGAGGCCUGUAAUUUUCAUCAUAGGUACACGUCAACUAUGACAGACAAAUUGAGGAAAAAAAUUCCAGAAAAUCACAUUGUAGGAUUUUUAAUGAAUUUAUUUGCAAAUUAUGGUGGAAAAUAAGUAUUUGGUCACCUACAAACAAGCAAGAUUUCUGGCUCUCACAGACCUGUAACUUCUUCUUUAAGAGGCUCCUCUGUCCUCCACUCGUUACCUGUAUUAAUGGCACCUGUUUGAACUUGUUAUCAGUAUAAAAGACACCUGUCCACAAGCUCAAACAGUCACACUCCAAACUCCACUAUGGCCAAGACCAAAGAGCUGUCAAAGGACACCAGAAACAAAAUUGUAGACCUGCACCAGGCUGGGAAUACUGAAUCUGCAAUAGGUAAGCAGCUUGGUUUGAAGAAAUCAACUGUGGGAGCAAUUAUUAGGAAAUGGAAGACAUACAAGACCACUGAUAAUCUCCCUCGAUCUGGGGCUCCAUGCAAGAUCUCACCCCGUGGGGUCAAAAUGAUCACAAGAACGGUGAGCAAAAAUCCCAGAACCACACGGGGGGACCUAGUGAAUGACCUGCAGAGAGCUGGGUCCAAAGUAACAAAGCCUACCAUCAGUAACACACUACGCCGCCAGGGACUCAAAUCCUGCAGUGCCAGGUAAAGGAAAGAAUGAAUGGGGCCAUGUAUCGUGAGAUUUUGAGUGAAAACCUCCUUCCAUCAGCAAGGGCAUUGAAGAUGAAACGUGGCUGGGUCUUUCAGCAUGACAAUGAUCCCAAACACACUGCCCGGGCAACGAAGGAGUGGCUUCGUAAGAAGCAUUUCAAGGUCCUGGAGUGGCCUAGCCAGUCUCCAGAUCUCAACCCCAUAGAAAAUCUUUGGAGGGAGUUGAAAGUCUGUGUUGCCCAGCGACAGCCCCAAAACAUCACUGCUCUAGAGGAGAUCUGCAUGGAGGAAUGGGCCAGAAUACCAGCAACAGUGUGUGAAAACCUUGUGAAUACUUACAGAAAAUGUUUGACCUGUGUCAUUGCCAACAAAGGGUAUAUAACAAAGUAUUGAGAAACUUUUGUUAUUGACCAAAUACUUAUUUUCCACCAUAAUUUGCAAAUAAAUUCAUAAAAAAUCCUACAAUGUGAUUUUCUGGAUUUUUUUCCCUCAUUUUAUCUGUCAUAGUUGACGUGUACCUAUGAUGAAAAUUACAGGCCUCUCUCAUCUUUUUAAGUGGGAGAACUUGCACAAUUGGUAGCUGACUAAAUACUUUUUUCCCCCACUGUAUAUCAUUCACGACAUUUGGACGGGAGCUAUAAACAUCGUUUUAAACUAUGUGUGUCGUUAUUGCUUGAGAUCAGGCUUGGCUGAACUGCUUUCAAUGGGGAAAAAUAGCUUCCGUUCCCCGCUUCCAUGAUUUUCAUUGAAAACAUCACUUCUCCGUGUGGACCUAUACAUGCUCUCCUUUCUUCUCUGCUCCAGUGCUGAAGAGUAAAGGGGACCAGUUCUUCAUCAAUGGGAAGCUGACCAUCGACACCCCUCGUAGGUUUGACAUCGCAGGGACCACCUUCCACUACCGCCGGCCCACUGACCAACCUGAGACCCUGGAGGCCCUGGGGCCCACCAACAUGACCAUCAUCGUCAUGGUAAUGGCCUAGCUGUGUGUGUGUUAUACUAAUCAUUCUAUGUAACAACAUAUGUGACGUGUGUGUGUGUGUGUAGGUACUGGUGAGGGAGGAGAACCCAGGGAUCCACUACCGCUUCAACCCUCCAGUCAGCAGAAACCUUCUGAGUGGAUAUGCCUGGCACUACACAUCCUGGUCCCGCUGCUCUGUACUCUGCGCUGGGGGUACAACCACUACUGGCUCUAAUACAUUUUACUGUACUAUACACUGGCUCUAUCACUGCUCAUUGAUUGAAUGAUUGAUUGAUGAUUUUACUGCAUUAUUAGGAGCUAGUAACAUAAGCAUUUCGCUGCAACCGCUAUAAAAUCUGCUAAACUGUGUACUCGACCAUUAAACUUUGAUUAAAUUUGAUUUUGAUGGUUUAGAAAUACACACAAAGCCAAAUUCAUGCAGAUAAAUCUCUUAGCCAAUAUUAAUUUCAUAUUUUUGAGCUGCAGGUAGCCUUGCGGUUAGAGUGUUGGGCCAGUAACCAAAACAUCACUGGUUCGAAUCCCGGAGCCGACAAGGGGAAAAAUAAAAUAAAAAGCCUGUCGAUGUGCCCUUAUAAGGCUCAGUCUGGGUUAGGUGGACAUAGGGCUGUUACGGUGACCGUAUUACUGCCACUAGUCAUGACAGUGACUGUUUAAUAACGGUAAUUAGGCUUCUCCAAGCUCUGAUGCUGCUGAUGUUCAUUAGUAGCCUACCAAACUUGCUAACUGCCUGGUCCUCAGCACUCUAUUAUCACUCUGACAUCAAUGCAAAUGUGAUCGAAAAUCUAAUCAAACACUUCAUGAGAGCCCAUGAGCUCAUGUUGCGCAACAUUUAUAUAGGCUAUGCAAUUGCGUGAGAAAACAGAGUGAUGGCCUCUAUUAAAAAGAGGAGGAUCCCAUCAGCUUUCUAUAGGCUAGGCCUACUAUAUUUAUUUCUCAACUUUACUAAUAUUAAGCACAUUGCUUCUCUUUACAACAGGAGUAUAGCCUACCUGGCUGGCAUGAAAAUGAACCACGGGAAAAGCGUCCUCCAUUCGCUAUUUAAGUGCAUAGAUGACAUGUAUUUUUCCCUCUGCCCCUGUUUCGAGACAGGUGCAUGAUAAUGGUCCAUUCUAAAUCAAAACAAAUUUCACACAUAUACAAUUUAGGCUAUGCGUGGAAGCCAGGAGAUGCUAAAUGUGUUUACGUUAAUUAACGGUAAAUUACAGUGAGACUGGCAGUUAUUUGCUUGACAAUCACCGGCUGACAAAAUUUUAUGACUGCCACAGCCCUACCGUGGGCAUAAUUUGAAAGAUGGUUCUAUUGCCAACAUGACUAGCCAAGUUAUAAAAUACGAUCUUACAGUGUUAGGCUUUCACAAGGCAAUUCAGAGAAACAGAUCUUAAUUGUGGUGUGCAUAGAAAGGAGUCGUGUGCAUUCAGGUGCGUGUAAAGCAGCAAAUCUGUCACCGUGCCCUUAAGCAAGGGAAUUGGCCUAUAUGGAUAGGGCUAAAUUGAAAUGUUUCUUACAGAAUAAAUAUGAAAAGCAUAUGCAUAACCAUGGUAGCAAUUGAAAGAGAACAGUUUGGAGAUUAUGGAAAAAAUAAUUAGACCAACGAUGAGGACAUAACAGUUUACCUGACACAAGACUGUUGAUUUUAUGUGCAUUUUACAUUUACUGUACUUUUCACUGCAUUUGUUGAUAACGAAAUCUGAAAAUACUCUGGAUACAUUCAGUAACAUGAUAGGACUAUUCCUGGAAAAUGUGGGGUAGGUGCAACAUAAGACAAAAAAUGACAAGGGUUUGAGUGAGAGGACUAACUGGUGUCUCCAAGUGGCCACACACCUCUCCAAAGUGUGCACAGUUCCUAAUUAAUUUCAAUGCACUUUUAUGACUCAAAGAAGUCUUCAACUAUAAGGUGCUUUUUUGAGCUCUCCUAGCUGUACCGAACUAGAGCAAGCACACUUGUAGUUGUUAUGUUUAGAAUACAACCCUAGCUAAAUUAUAAAAUAUAAUCUUACAGUGUUAGGCUUUCACAAGGCAAUUCAGAGAAACAGAUUGUAAUUGUGGUGCGCAUAGAAAGGAGUCGUGUGUAUUCAGGUGUGUGUUCCGCAGCAAAUUUUCUUCACAAUAGACAAACAUAGGCUCAUUCUGUUCAGAACAACCCAGGGUAUAACGCCAUGUCAUCUUGUAACUGUACAUCAAACAUAGUGACCAUAAACAUUGACACUGUAUAUGACAUGAGUUUUAUGAUAUGGAAACGUGAAGUGCACAUUUGGACUCAAGGGUGUUUGGCUUGCUUGUAUGAUAUCAAAGCGGUAUUUAUUAUAAUCCUCAAUGUCUCAUCUUAAUUUACAGCAUUUCCCUCACUCAGACGAGAAAACAUUUGCAAAAGUUGCUGAAUUAGUGGGAAGGAUGGAGGCAACUUCUUGUCGUGUUUGGCAAGUUCAGAACGGCUGUCAGUCAAAACCCAUACAGAGCUGUGAAGCGCAAAGCCAGAGCUCUGAUGUCAUGUAUAGCAUGUUACUGUACAGCCACUGCGGUCACAUUUAGGUGCUUAUCAGUGCCUAAAUCUGCCAUUUACAACCCGUAUACGGGUACGAGUGUAAAGGGUUAACCCCAAUUGCUCCAGGGGCGCUGGGCAAUGGUGACCCUGGCAGUGACCCACUCCCUGCGGGAGUCUCAGGGGGAAUUGGAUUAAGUAAGAAACACUUUCCUUUGCGCUUGUACCUGAGGAGAGAGGAGAGACACAUGGAACGAGGGGAUAAUAUGAUAAUCAUGUGGGAGUAAUAACCUAUAGGUAACCUCGUUUAUCCUCCUCAGGACUUUGAACGGCCACCCACAAACCGCGGGCUCAGUUUCCGGCAGGGCAGGCGGAGGGGCAGAUUCCAGGUCGAGAGACAGACCCGAUCACCCGGUACGAAGACCGGGGCCUCACUGCGGUGGCGGUCAGCAUUGGCCUUCUGACAACGCACGGCGCGUUGGAGGUGGACGUGAGCAGCAUUUCACGUCUCCUCCGCACACCGAAACCAGUCAUCCACCGCAGGAGCCUUGGUCUGGCUCUGGUGCCAUGGUGCCAGAACCGGUUGGUAACCUAAAACACAUUGGAAUGGCGUUAGGUUAGUGGAGGAGUGACGGAGAGAGUUCUGGGCAUAUUCGGCCCAUGGCAAGAACACCGACCACUCCCCCGGCCGGUCCUGGCAGUAGGACCGCAGGAAUCUACCCACAUCCUGAUUUACCCAUUCCACCUUCCCAUUAGACUCGGGGUGGAAACCAGAGGUCAGGCUGACCGAGACCCCCAGACAUUCCAUGAACGCCUUCCAGACCUUGGAUGUGAACUGGGGACCCCGGUCAGACACUAUGUCCUCUGGUACCCCGUAGUGCCGGAAGACGUGUGUUAACAGGACGUGUGUAAACAGGGAGUAUGGGGGUGUAGUCUCUGGGCCUCUCCUCUGUGUCGUACAGCCGUGACAGUGCAUCUGCCUUCACGUUCUUCGUUCCCGGGAUGUAUGAUAUAGUAAAAUCAAACCGGGUGAAGAAUAGGGCCCAUCUGGCCUGGUGAGGGUUCAGCCUCCUCGCUGCCCGGGUGUACUCCAGGUUACAGUGGUCCGUCCAGACGAGGAAAGGGGGUUUCGCCCCUUCGAGCCAGUGCCUCCACACGGUCAGGGCUUGGACAACAGUCAACAGCUCCUGAUCACCAAUGUCGUAGUUCUGCUCCGCCGGGCUGAGCUUCUUGGAGAAGGCGGCACAGGGGGCGGAGUUUGGGUAGCAUGCCCGAGCGUUGAGAUAGGACCGCGCCUAUCCCUACCUCGGACGCAUCCACCUCCACUACGAACGGUAGUGAUGGAUAGGGGUGGGCCAGUCCCGGGGCUGAGGUGAACAGACUACUCAGGUUACUGAAGGCCCUGUCAGCCUCAGCAGACCAGCGUUGCCGGGACGGUCCACCCUUCAACAGAGAUGUGAUGGGAGCUGCGACCUUGCCAAAGUCCCGGAUAAACCUACGAUAGUAGUUGGCAAAGCCAAUAAAGCGCUGCACCUCCUUAACCGUGGUUGGAGUCGGCCAAUUACGCACAGCUGAAAUGCGAUCUCCCUCCAUCUCCACAUCUGAGGUGGUAAUGCGGUAUCCGAGCAAGGAGACGGACUGUUGGAAAAACAGACACUUUUCUGCCUUGGCAUAAAGGUGAUUUUCCAACAGUCGGGCCAGCACUUUGCGAACCAGGGACAUAUGCUCGGCGCGCGUAGCGGAAUACACCAGAAUGUCAUCGAUGUAGACCACUACACCGGGACCAAAUAUGUCCCGAAACACCUCGUUCACAAAGGACUGGAAGACGGAUGGUGCAUUCAUCAAACCAUUAGGCAUCACCAGGUAUUCAUAAUGCCCCGUGGUUGUGCUGAAUGCUGUCUUCCACUCGCCCCCCUCUCGGACACGCACCAGGUUGUACGCACUCCGGAGAUCUAAUUUUGUGAAGAAGCGCGCCCCAUGCAUUGACUCGAUCACCGAAGGAAUGAGGGGGAGAGGAUAACUAAAUCAUAUCGUCCCUUUGUUCAGUGAUCGGGAAUCAAUGCAAGGGCGCAGACCACCGUCUUUCUUCUUCACAAAAAAGAAGCUUGAGGAGGUGGGCAAAGUGGAGGGACGUAUAAACCCCUGGCGCAGGGACUCGGUGACGUAUGUCUCCAUAGCCUCCGUUUCAGCCUGUGACAGGGGUUACACAUGACUCCUGGGAGGCACAGCGUCUACCCGGAGGUUUAUCGUGCAAUCACCCGUCCGAUGAGGUAACUUGGUUGUCUGCAUUUUGGAAAACGCGUGCGCCUAAUCGAGGUAUUCAGGGGGAAUGCGCACGGUGGAGGUACUGUCUGGACUUUCCACCGUGGUUUCACCAACGGAAACACCGAGACACCUACCCUGACACUCUUGCGACCACCCUGUGAGAACCAUCUGUGGCCAUGAAAAGGUGGGGUUGUGGAGUGCUAACCAAGGAAUACCUAACACAACAGGGAAAGCGGGAGACUCAAUAAUAAAAAAGUGACUUGCUUGCGAUGAGUCUCGUGGGUAACCAUAGUGACUGGUGCUGUAACCUCCCUAACGAACCCGGACCCUAAUGGUCGACUGUCAAGUGCUCUAAUGGGGAGUGGAAUGGAUAGGGGAACCAAUGUAAUGCCUAUACUGUGUGAAAAUGACAUGUCCAUAAAGUUCCCAGCUGCGCCUGAAUCGACCAGCGCCUUACACUGGGGAACUAAAGUGUAAUCAGGAAAGUGGAUGGGUAGGGUACAGUGCGCAGCAGAGGGCUCUGAACGAGUGUGGGUGUUCGAUACCUGGGGUUACGCGAGAGUGCUCUGCCUGCCGCCUCCAGACGCAAAAGAACGCUGACGACAUUGUGCAGUGAAAUGUCCUCUCGUGCCACCAGAGUGACACUGGCGCUGUCGUCCUCCGCUCUCCCGGAUCGCCGCUCCACCCAGUUCCAUCAGCUCGUGAUCCGAGUCGGGCAGGGUUGGAACGGGCAGGACCCGUCCAGGACGUCCUCUGGCCGCCAGCAGGUUGUCCAACCGGAUGGCCAUGUCCACCAGUUGAGUGAAGGACAACAUGGUGUCCCGGCAGGCUAGCUCCCUUUGGACGUCCUCCCGCAGAUGGCACCGGAAGUGGUCGAUGAGGGCCCGCUCAUUCCACCCGGACCCAGCUGCUAGAAUCCGGAACUCCAGGGCGAAGUCCUGCGCGGUCCUCGUCCCCUGCCUCAGGUGAACAAGACGCUCGCACGCCUCUCGACUCUCGGGCGGGUGAUCGAAGACAGUCCGAAAGAGGCGAGCGAACUCCCCGUAGUUGUCUAACGCGGCUCCUCCUUCAUUCCAGAUCGCGUUGGCCCACUCCAGGGCUUUCCCCGAGAGGCAGGAGACGAGGGCGGACACCUUCUCCCGCUCCGAUGGGGCCGGGCUGAUGCUGGAAUAGUAGAGCUCCAGUUGGAGGAGGAAUCCCUAGCAGAGAGCAGCUGUCCCGUCGAUAUAUGGAUCCCUCUGGGUGCUGGGGUGUGGGUUGCGGGAUCCGGUCGCCCAGCUGGUCCCGACAGAUCGGGUCCUCUCCUCUCCAGGUGUUGGACGACCUGGAGAACCCGAUCCAUCGCUUCUCCCAAUUUGGCUAGCAUCGUCGAAUGCUCCUGGACCUGUGCCACGACUCCAGGCAUGCGCUCCUCUCCUGCUGACUCCAUAUCGGGUGUGUGAUUCUGUGAUGGGUGAUUUGAAGGAGUCAGGCGCAGGAGGGUAAAUCACAGAAUACAGAGUUUAUUCCGGAAUACAGAGUUACGCAGAAUUGCGUCAAACAGUCCAGUGCGCAAAACAGGCACACUGGAACCAAACAGGCACACAGGGAAAAUAUACCCCGGCAAUACAAAAUAUACAGAGCUCAACCGAGCUACACUCUCCUCACACUAAACAAUCACCCACAAGGACAAGGGGGCAGAGGGAACACUUAUACACGUACUAAUGAGGGGAAUAUGAACCAGGUGUGUGUAAUUGACAAGACAAAACAAAUGGAAUGAUGAGAUGAGAAGCGGCAGUGGCUAGAAGGCCGGUGACGACGAACGCCGAAGCCUGCCCGAACCAGGAGAGGAGGCAGCUUCGGAGGAAGUCGUGACACUCACUCAGGCACAUCAAUCAAUCAAUCGAAUGUAUUUAUAAAGCCCUUUUUACAUCAGCAGAUGUCACAGUGCUAUACAGAAACCCAGCCUAAAACCCCAAACAGCAAGCAAUGCAGAUGUAGAAGCAUGGUGGCGAGGAAAAACUCACUAGAAAGGCAGAAACCUAGAGAGGAACCAGGCUCUGAGGGGUGGCCAGUCCCCUUCUAGCUGUGCCGAGUGGAGAUUAUAACAGUACAUGGCCAUUAAGGCCAGAUUUUUCUCGAAGAUGUUCAAACAUUCAUAGAUGACCAGCAGGGUCAAAUAAUAAUCACAGUGGUUGUAGAGGUUGCAACAGGUCAGUACAUCAGGAGUAAAUGUCACUUGGCUUUUCAUAGCCGGGCAUUUAGAGGUUGAAAUAGCAGGUGCGGUAGAGAGAGAGAGUUGAAAACAGCAGGUCUGGGACAAGGUAGCACGUCCGUUGAACAGGUCAGGACUCCAUAUCCGCAGGCAGAAGAGUUGAAACUGGAGCAGCAGCACGACCAGGUGGACUGGGUACAGCAAGGAGUCAUCAGGCCAGGUAGUCCUGAGGCAUGGUCCUCCGGGAGUGGAGGGAGAGAGGGAGAGGGAGAGAGAAUUAGAGGGAGCAUACUUAAAUUCACAUAGGACACCAGAUAAGACAGGAGAAUAACACCAGAUAUAACAGACUGACCACCUAGCCCCCCGGCACAUAGACUAUUGCAGCAUAGAUACUGGAGGCUGAGACAGGGGGGGUCAGGAGACACUGUGGCCCCGUCUGACGAUACCCCCGGACAGGGCCAACAAGGCAGGAUAUAACCCCACCCACUUUGCCAAAGCACAGUCCCCACACCACCAGAGUGAUAUCAACAGACCACCAACCUACUAUCCUGAGACAAGGCUGAGUAUAGCCCACGAAGAUCUCCUCCACUGCACGAGCCCGAGGGGGCGACAAACCGGACAGGAAGAUCACGUCAGUGACUCAACCCACUCAAGUGACGUACCCCUCCUAGGGACGGCAUGGAAAGCACCAGUAAGCCAGUGACUCAGCCCCCGUAAUAGGGUCAGAGGCAGAAAAUCCCAAUGGAGAGACUGGAACCGGCCAGGCAGAGACAGCAAGGGCAGUUUGUCGCUCCAGUACCUUUCGUUCACCUUCGCACCCCUUGGCAAGACUACACUCAAUCAUAGAACCUACUGAAGAGAUGAGUCUUCAGUAAAGACUUAAAGGUCAAGACCCAGUCUGCAUCUAUCACAUGGAUAAGCAGACCAUUCCAUAAAAAUUGAGCUCUAUAGGAGAAAGCCCUGACUCCAGCUGUUUGCUUAGAAAGGGACAAUAAGGAGGCCUGAGUCUUGUGACUGUAGCAUAUGUGUAGGUAUGUACGGCAGGACCAAAUCGGAGAGAUAGGUAGGAGCAAGCCCAUAUAAUGCUUUGUAGGUUAGCAGUAAAACCUUGAAAUCAGCCCUAGCCUUAACAGGAAGCCAGUGUAGAGAGGCUAGCACUGGAGUAAUAUGAUAAAAUGUUGGGGUUCUAGUCAAGAUUCUAGCAGCCGUGUUUAGCACUAACUGAAGUUUAUUUAGUGCUUUAUCCGGGUGGACGGAGAGAAGAGCAUUGCAGUAGUCUAAUCUAGAAAGUGACAAAAGCAUGGAUUAGCUUUUCUGCAUCAUUUAUGGACAAAAGGUUUCUGAUUUUUGCACAUACGUGCACAGUGCAUACCCCUCACUUUCUCAUAGGCUUUCUCAUAUUCCCUCUCUCACACAUACACAUUACACACACACUGGUACAUGGUGGCUUCAGAGUUUUCCUGACGUAACACUGACUCUGGGGAAACAUGGGAGUGGAAUGUUCAUGAACAGAGGUACUGUGGGGUUGGUUAAACUGCAGGCGUUCGUGCGGGUCUGAGGCCAACUUUGCUUUCUUUCUAUCGCGGGAUAAUGAUCCAAAGCAACUAGCCUGAUAAGAACUCAUUUACUUUGCUUAAAAGCAAAUUUACUUGACCUUAUGUCAGGAAAACUAGUGAAUGGAGGAGGGCUUGUACAAGUUAUACACUGUGAUGGUUCUAAAAGUGUUCUAUCCUCCCUCUCUCUGUCAGGUGGUCAGACCCAGCAGGUAGUGUGUAAGAAGCAGACUGAUCACACCGUGGUCUAUAACCACUUCUGUGACAAGAGGAGCAAACCCAAAGACAAGAAGCGAGCCUGCAACUCUGAGCCAUGCUCCCCAAGGUGAGUGUCAAUGUAUCUGUCCCACUGCCUGUGUGAAGCUUCUCUGAAUGGUCCUGUCAUGCCAAAUAGUGUCCCCCUGCCAAAAAGUGUUCCCUCCCCCACGUCACAAUGGGAUUCGAUGAUAUCUAGCUUCCGUUGCUAGGGCUGUUGCUAGAACUUGCAAAAUUCUUACCGGGUUACGUAAUGAACCUAUAUAUGCAGUAUAAGUGUUUACCUAUCAUGUGUGUAUGUGUGUAUGCACAUGUGUGUGGUAUUGGGAGAGAAUGACAUCCUGCUGGACUAAGGUCUGUCCGUGUGUCUGUCUCCCCCAGCUGGUGGUCUGGGGAGUGGUCUGAGUGCAGUCGCAGCUGUAACGGGGGCCUGAGGACCAGAGAGGUGCUGUGUAAGAGGAAGAUCUCUCCUACAGAGGAGAAGGUGCAGGACGAUGGGGCCUGUACCCCCCAACGACCACCCCUCACCGAGCCCUGCAGCAACCAUACCUGCCCCCCAGAGUGGCUGGCCCUGGACUGGUCAGAGGUACACCCAAAAUACCCCCAUAAGCUAACCCAACUAUUUUUAAUUUAAUCUAAGAAGUGGAAUCUAGAGAUUUUAAGAAAAAAGAGAGAAGUUGCUUACCUCAACACUUUCUGUACCUAUGCAACAUUUCUGUGUGUAAUCAAUGCCACCUGCUGGUUGGAUUAUGUACUGGUCUCUGGUGUGCUCUGAGGCUGUAGAGGUUGGCGCUCUCAGACUUGAAUAACCUCUCCCCCAUCUAUCUGUCUGUCUGUCUGUCUGUCUGUCUGUCUGUCUGUCUGUCUGUCUGUCUGUCUGUCUGUCUGUCUGUCUGUCUGUCUGUCUGUCUGUCUGUGUCUCUCGCUCUCUCUCUGUCUGUCUGUCUGUCUGUCUGUCUGUCUGUCUGUCUGUCUGUCUGUCUGUCUGUCUGUCUGUCUGUCUCUCCCCCAGUGUAAUCCCAGCUGUGGUCCAGGGUUCAGGCACCGUGUCCUUCUGUGUAAGCGUGGGGAGAGUGGAGACACACUGCCAGAGUCCCAGUGUCCCAAGCAUGGGCGUCCCACCACCAGGGUGCGCUGUAACCUGCAGCGCUGUCCACCCCCCAUGUGGGUCACAGGGCCCUGGGGAGAGGUAAGGCUGGGGGGCUUGCUGGGACUAACAUGGGCUCUGCUAUGUAUUAA